AUGUCUACGAAAUCACCGAUUUGUAGAAUUUGCCUCAGUAGCGAAAGCAUUUCAACACUCAUCGCGCCCUGCAAAUGCAAAGGGAGUGUCAAAUAUGUGCAUUCGACUUGCUUAACACUUUGGAGAAACCGACUACUGAAGAGUCGUAGGGGAAAAAACCUCGAUCGAUGUACAUCAUGUCAAUUUAAGUAUGUUAUAAGAAAAAAGAAAACAGUUGGAAACUUUUUGAAUAGAGGAGACGUUAAAGUCACCAUAACGCUUAUCACUGUAUUAGCACUUUUGGUUCCUUGCGGAUAUAUUAUGAAAUUGCUCAUCAUGAUGACUUCAUCAUUAUAUUACGUCGAUGAUACUAUAAUAAACACAGAAAAUCUCAUGACACCUGUUGAUGAAUCAGUACUGAAAACGAUCGCGACGCCUGCAACGUGGUCAUCAUUCAAUCUUCCUUUCUGUACUGCACUAAGCCCUACUGAUAUUGUCCUUCACAAUGACAUUGUUUAUUCUACGAUUCCACUUCUUAUAAUCAAAUUAUUUCCAUCAAUAACGGACACUGAAUUCUGGUUUAGAAUAAUGUGUAAUCGAUUAAUACAACAUCUACAUCUUGGUCUAUUCUUCUUGGGAUCCAUCAGCAAUAUAUAUACGGCUUAUGUGACCGUCGAUGAGUUAUUUAGUUUAUUUAUGGAAGAGAGAAGAAGGGAGACCAGGCAAACAGUGUUGGCACUUGUUUGUGCGAUUGUUAUGUGCUUCUGGUUUCACUAUACGUUGACCGCGUUCAGUGUACCAUCUACAACGGAGUUCUUGAAGGAUUUACCAGUGUGGUUUUUGCGAUGGACCACGAUAAGUUUGGCGAUAUUCGAUUUCGGUUUAAGAAGAGUGUUCUUUAGACUGAAUAAAUUUAGGGAAGAUAUUGAAAUUUUGUCCGUACAAAAUAUGGAUUUUGAUGAUGAAUAG